GCCGGUGGCGAAAUUUCGCUGUCUUUCAUUGCAGACCAUCAAGCCUUCACCGAGACGCGAUAACAGCAUCUUUUGCUGUUAUUCAGCUCUCGCAUCUCAAUGACACUAUCCAGUGUUAACUCUCGCUUUUUUUCAUAAGAGAUUAUUUUCAUAGACUUUGCUUUGUGGUUUUGUUUUGUCUACAGAACUUUGUACAUUUUAUUUUCUUGCCACCAUGGUGCUAGGAAAGGUGAAGAGCUUCAUUGUAAGCUACGACUGUCUAAAUGACAGCAAUGUCCCUGUUUUCUCCAGCGGGGACUCGGUCUCAGGAAGAGUUAUUAUUGAAGUCACCGGGGAGAUUCGUGUGAAGUCACUUAAAAUACAUGCUAAAGGAUUCGCAAAAGUUCGUUGGACAGAAUCACGAAAUGCUGGAUCCAACACUGCCUACACUCAAAAUUACACAGAAGAAGUGGAAUAUCUGAAUCAUAGAGACAUCCUUAUUGGCCAUGAAAGAGAUGAUGAUAACUCUGAGGAGGGACUCACCACUAUUCAUUCAGGAAGACACGAGUAUGCAUUCAGCUUUGAGCUUCCACAAACACCUCUGGCUACCUCUCGAAGGAAAGCAUGCAAGCAGUUGGUGGCCAACAUCCGAGGGGAGUCGCUUUCUUCUGGCAAGACGGAGACAUGGAAUGGAAAGAUGCUGAAGAUUCCCCCUGUAUCUCCCUCCAUCCUUGACUGCAGUAUCAUUAGAGUGGAAUACUCACUCAUGGUGUAUGUAGACAUCCCAGGAGCCAUGAACCUGUCUUUAAACCUGCCCCUGGUGAUUGGCACCAUCCCUCUCCACCCCUUCGGUAGCCGUACAUCUUCUGUGAGCAGCCAGUGUAGCAUGACCAUGAGCUGGUUAGGCUUGGCCCUCCCUGAGAGGCCUGAAGCUCCUCCAGCCUAUGCAGAGGUGGUCACAGACGAUCAGAGGCAGAGCUGUCUGGAAGUGUCAUCAGGGCGGGAGAACUUUGAUGGCCCGCUAUUCGCUUAUAUCCAAGAGUUCCGCUUCCGACCCCCUCCACCCUACUCCGAGAUUGAUCCACAUCCAGAUCAAGCCACAUCAACUGCAGAGCACAGACUCGACACCUGCCCGUCACGCUGAGAAAUGUAUGGCAUGAGUCCAAAGCGAUGGGCUUAAGGAGCUUUCACUUUUGUUUAUCUCCCGAUGACAGUGAUUGGUCGCUGUCACCACCGAGAGAAAACAACCCUCUAUGGGAAAACCCAGAAGUGAGGGCGCAGAGAGUCACUGGCAAAUUACCCGACCCAGAUAUUCAGCCCCUGUGAUGGGACACGCCCUGUCGGACUUAGCCUGCAGAGCUUUGUCAAAGUAGUCACUUUUCUCAUGCUUUUCGGUAAAGGUUGACAAAGAACACGCAGACCUUGUCCGAGAUCUGAAGAGAAAUGCAAGAAAACACUACGACCGCAGCCAUUCGCAGUACAGCUGAGAGAAACGCGAUUUUUGAUUUCGAUUUUUUUUUUGCACAAGUUCGUUUUUCUCGCUUGCGUUUUUAAAUCAAUGAUUGUUUUAUUUCAGUUUUUAGCCUUUUAGACUAAGCGAUUGCAGGCUCUUGCAUGAGCCGCAAGCAACGCAGAGAAGAUUCCGAGGAAUAACAAGACUGAACGGACUGACUUAAUGCACUGAUCUUGUUCAAGUUCUUUUGAGGUCUGUAGUGUUCAUUGAUUGUGUUUCCUCAGUCGAUAAUCUGCUCAUGGUAACAUGCUGUCUUGACGCUCUUGUGACGUUGCCUCACCAACUCGUAACCCGGGUGUGGCUUUUGUUUGAUUUUCUCCUGUUCACAUGGACUUUAUUUUCAGUUCUAAAUGUAGAAUACCUUUAAGCCAAACGUGGUUUGCUUGGUGUUAAAUUGGUUGCACGUGUUGUUUGAUCAAGGAGCAACAGUCCAGCUCAUGCCACUCAUGUGCGUGAUGGGAGCAGAGAGAUAAAACAGGGUGGGGUCUGGGCAGGCAGCCUGAAGAGUUUGUUGCCUUUCUGUUUGUCGUGUGUAGCAGUGCCGGCUUCAAGAUUGCACUGCUUGAAAAAAGCACUCAGUCUCAGGUGAUCUUCUCACUUGCCAAAUGAUGAAAACAAAAAUGGUGUAGAUUAUGUUUUGAUUGCACUGUUUCAGUUCAAGGUAGGAGACUAUAGAAGGAUCUAUAGUCUAUAGAAUUUCAGAUUCAGUUUUGAAAAACAGAUUCAAUAAAGAGAGGAGAUAUGCACAAAGAUGCAAGGCAGCUUUCAAAGACUUAUGACAUUCCCUUUUUGUCCUGCUGCUCCAGCAGCCACAAUGUUUCUUCAGAUCAGUGAAGCCAGAUGUGACCCAAAGGAUGGCACAAAUGCUUGAAAAGCCAAGCUGGGUAGCAAAACAUCCGGAGACAUCCGAAUCCAGUUGAAAUGAGUUGUACAUUUGUUUUUAAAACUCAUUCAACUACAGAAGUAGUUUAGGCUCUGAUCAUGCUUGGCCUUCAUUAAGCACUUUUUUUUACUAAAAUAAAACUGCUCAUGUCUGGUUGAGGUCUGGAGAAACAAUUUAAACAAUUACCAAUGUAUAUAGUUGAAGUACUGUUUGAAUUUGUAGAAUUACUCAUGUCUGCAUACACAGCGUGUUUGUUAUAUGUUCAUCUGUAAUGUUAGGGGGUUUAUGAUUCGACAGCAAAGUGGUCUUAACAUAGUGGCCUUGAUGAACUGAUCUUAACAUGCUUUAUCAUUUAUGCUAUCCUCAAUAAUCAUCAUCCUGUUUUAUUUCAGUCCUAGAGAUAACUGUUUAGUUUAAAAGGGCAAAAAGGGAAAACCAAAAAGUCCUUCAAAGCGUGUGUUGAUCAUGCCACUUUUGAGUUGAAUGGGUUUUGAAUUUGUUUUUUCAGAUAUGAGUUCUGAUGAUUACUGUUGGGCAUUCAGUGUUUGUUUUCCAGACAAACGACCAUUAUACAGAUCCUCUUGUCUCGAUUAUUAUGGGAACAAUAGCUG